UCAGCGGGAGGAGGGAGCGGGCCCGGCGGACGGCGGGUGCGGGGCUGGCGGCCACCAUGAGUGGUUCACAGAGCAAUGACACUAAAAGACAGUUUCUUCUAGAACGGUUACUGGAUGCAGUUAAACAGUGUCAGAUACGAUUUGGAGGAAGAAAAGAAAUUGCUUCUGAUUCUGAUAGCAGAGUCACUUGCUUGUGUGCUCAGUUUGAAGCUGUGUUACAGCAUGGUCUGAAGAGGAGCCGAGGAUUAGCAUUGACAGCAGCAGCAAUCAAACAAGCAGCAGGUUUCUCCAGUAAAACUGAAACAGAACCAGUGUUUUGGUAUUAUGUGAAAGAAGUUCUGAAUAAACAUGAACUGCAGCGCUUUUAUUCACUGAGGGCAAUUACUACAGAUAUUGGUAGAGGCCGGGCUUGGUUGCGCUGUGCGUUGAACGAACAUUCUCUGGAAAGAUAUGUUCACAUGCUGCUUGCAGAUAAGAAUCGGCUCAGUGUCUUCUAUGAAGACUGGUCUUUUAUGAUGGAUGAGGAACGUUCUAGUAUGAUCCCUACAAUGGCAGCUGGUCUGAACUCCAUUCUUUUUGCAAUCAAUAUUGAUAAUAAGGAUUUAAAUGGGCAAAGCAAAUGUAUACCCACAGUGUCUGAUCUGUUAAAGGAAUCAACGCAAAAUGUCACCUCGUUAUUGAAGGAAUCCACUCAGGGUGUUAGCAGCCUUCUUAGAGAGAUAACUGCAUCAUCUGCUGUCUCCAUUCUAAUCAAAGCUGACCAAGACAUUGACCCACUUCCUGUUCUGUCAAAGAAUGUAAAUGCUGAUUUAAGAUCUAAAAAAGACCGAAAAAAGAAGAAGAGAGUGACAAAUAUUAUCUCAUUUGACGAAGAGGAAGAUGAGCAAAACUUUGGGGAUGCUAUAAAGGCUCUGGUCACAGGAGAAAGUUCAGAGGAGAAUUCAGACAUGUCUUCAGUUUUUGUGUUACCCUCAUCUGAAGGCAAUCUUGAAAAAUUGAAUGGGAAUGAAAGUAACCAUUUGUGGAAAAGCAAUUCAGUGUUUAUGAAUGGAGAGUAUGAAUACCAGAAACUAGAUGUGAAGAGUAUUGAUGAUGAAGAUAUAGAUGAAAAUGAAGAUGAGCUGUGUGGAAAAACAUUAGGAAAUAAAGGCACAGAAGGUGAAAUUGGAGCUUCUGGAAAGCUUCAUGAAACCAGUGCUUGCAGUUCACAAAUAUGCAGUUGGACUCCUCUACAGGUCCUGAACGAUGACUCAGAUGUUCUAUUUCCUGUCAGUGCUGUUGGCUCUUACUCACAAAUCGAUAACUUGGAGAAUGGAGAGGGGCAUGAAAGCGUUCUUGCAGUAGGACUAGUUCAGAGAAGAUCUAAUCUUCCUUACAGAAUGGAAGUCAGUCCUCCUGCCCAAGUGAACAAUUUAAGCAGUAUGUUGCCUUCAGCCACUGUGCCAGAAUCCAUGACAAUUAAUGAACUUCGACAGGCUAUCGUGGCCAUGAUGAAUAGAAAGGAUGAACUGGAAGAACAGAAUAGAUCUCUGAGGAACUUGCUUGAUGGAGAGAUGGAGCAUUCUGCAGUACUUAGGCAGGAAUUGGACAAUUGGAGAAGGAAAGUAGCAGAACAGGAAGAGCGACAUGCCACAAAAGUCCAAGCCUUGGCAAGAGAAAAUGAGGUGCUUAAAGUGCAACUUAAGAAGUAUGUAGGAGCUGUCCAAAUGCUUAGAAGAGAAGGUCAAACAGUGGAAGUUCUACCAAAUAUUUGGAGCACUGAUGCUGAAUUUACUGUUCCAGAGCAGAAACAAGUAGAAAACAACGAGGAAUUAGCCAGCUCUUAUGAAAGAAAAUUGAUUGAGGUGGCUGAAAUGCAUGGGGAACUGAUUGAGUUCAAUGAGAGGCUUCAUCGUGCUCUGAUGGCUAAAGAAGCCCUUGUGUAUCAGAUGAGACAAGAACUAAUUGAUUUGAGAGGACCAGUCCCUGGAGAUUUGAGUCAAACAUCUGAAGAUCAGAGUUUGUCAGAUUUUGAAAUAUCAAAUCGUGCUCUUAUUAAUGUUUGGAUUCCCUCAGUCUUUCUGCGUGGAAAAGCUGCUAAUGCAUUCCAUGUUUAUCAGGUUUAUAUUAGGAUAAAGGAUGAUGAAUGGAAUGUGUAUCGAAGAUAUGCAGAGUUCAGAAGCCUGCAUCAUAAAUUACAGAAUAAAUACCAGCAAGUGAGGACUUUUAACUUUCCACCAAAAAAGGCCAUCGGAAACAAGGAUGCAAAGUUUGUAGAAGAGAGACGCAAGCAGCUACAAAAUUACCUAAGGAAUGUAAUGAACAAAAUUAUUCAAACUGUACCAGAAUUCACAGCCAGUCCCAAAAAAGAGACUCUUAUUCAGCUGAUGCCCUUUUUUGUUGAUAUCCAACCUCCUGGAGAAGCAGUAAGCAAAAGCAAUCGCUCAAGAGUGACUCCGCGCUUCCCCAAACUCUCUCGCAGUCAUCUGAGAGAGCCCCGGAGCCUGGAACCUCAGAGUGGUGAUCUUUGACUCUGUUGUGUAGCUGUGAAUACUGACACCAUGUACUUUAAGUUGCUUUGUGAUUCCUUCCUAGACUAUAUUGUUGAUUAUAUAAGCUCCUGAAGAGACUACAGCUGCAUCAACUUAAAUCCUGAAAAGAGAUAUUCAUUGCUAAGGGUCGUAUCCUGAUUAAAUACUUUGGAAGGCAGUAAUCACUUUCUCAAAAGAAUAUGAGGGCUCUUCACUAGGGCUCAGCAAACUGAUAGGCAUUUUUUUGUUUGUUUUGUCAAGCUGCAUUGCACAUAUUUCCUUUCCUUUGUUCUUCUGAAGUUGUUCUGUUGCUAUGAAUUCCUUGUUUGCAUUGUGGUGUCUCCUCUUCUACAGUUAUUUUUUUCUGUUCCAGAGAGACAUGGGUAUCAUGUCAAGACAAUUUUUUCUUUAGAAGAACAGUUAUGAUUAUCACUACUUAAUAUGUCAGAAAGAUGUGCUCAAAAGAACCUCACUAAUUUAUUACCUUUUGUAAAUAGAAAGACUGUUUUUUUUUCGAUUGUACACCUCUGAUAAACACAAAGGUUUUUAAAAACUUGAUAAAGUAAAUGACAAGGGAAAAAUGGUACAGGCGACAAAAAUAGCUUUUGUAUGUUUGUAGUUAGGUAUUCCCGAUAGCUUUCAUUUGUGAGAAGUAAUUCUACAAAAUCAGAGAAUGUAAUAAUUUUUUAGUGAAAUUUCAGUCUUACUGUAAGGCUAGGUGCAAUAUUAUUCAUUUCUACAGACCACCACCAGGAUUCACAAAGUUAACAUGAUACAAAAUAGCAUUUUCAAGUCUUGGCCUAUAUUUUGUCAUUGAUUUGUUGCUGGCGUUAAAAAAUUAUGAAAGGGCAGUUUGGAAUUCUUAUUUUUUAAAACCCUUCACAUGGUAUUACUUAAGAAUUGCCUGAAAUGGAAGUGCCUGUUACCCAUCACCAGUUACUGAAAAGUAAUUUGUAAUGGUACUAUUGUGAGUAACUAAAAAAAUUAGCAAGAAUUAUUAUAAGUGAUGGAAGUUCUGACAUGGAUUAACUGGAAUCCAGUUCAGUAUCCAUUAGUUGCACUGCCGUAGGCAGUUAAUUAUAUAUUAGCUAUCUUCUUUUCUUUAUUAAGUUUAAGCAAUGUACAUUCAAAUUUUCUAUCAAAUGUAUUCUGUUUUUCCUUUGUGUAAGAACAUCUUUCUUCUCAGAAGUUCUUUGGAUAAUCGUACUUAAAUUGGUGUAUCUUGUCGUUUUACUGUUCAUUUAUUUUAUUAAAUUCUCACAUCAGUAGAUACUGAAGUCUAAUAUUUCCCUCCAGAAAAAUAAGCUAAUCAUUAAUAAUGCCCCUUUCAUCUCAGUGCUUUAUUAAAGUUCUAACAGACUUGAACUCCUGUUUUGCAAACCUGCAGUACGGUCAUGUAUUGCUUACUCAUGUAGGUGCUCCAGUCAUUUUCAGUGGAAUUUCUCAACUGAGGAUGGAUCCAGUCUGCAAAGUGAGCAAUGUGUGUGGGCUUCUACUUGAGUACCAGUCUGAGCCACAAAUCAUAAAAUCAUAGAAUCGGUAAGGUUGGAAGGGGCCUCUGGAGAUCGUCUGGUCCAACCUCCCUGCUCAGCAGGGUCACCUACAGCAUGUUAGACAGGGUUGCGUCCAGGCGGGCCUUGAAUAUCUCCAGAGGAGGAGACUCCACAGCCUCUCUGGGCAACCUGUUCCAGGGCUCCGUCACUCUCACAGGGAAGAAAUUCCCCCUCACGGUCAGGCAGAACUUCCUGUGCUUCAUUUUCUGCCCAUUGCCUCUUGUCCUGUCGCAUGGAAAAACUGAAAAGAGUUUAGUCCCAUCCCCUUGACACCCUCCCUUCAAGUACUUAUAAGAUCCCCCCUCAGUCUUCUCUUCCCCAGGCUAACCAUGUGUUUCUAACACUGAAAAUAGUACUGCAUAUAUAUACAGCAGAAUUUGGCAAAGAAGAGUGGUCAGAAAUUUCAGUAGAUGAAAUACCACAAAGUAGAAUGAUGUCACAGAAAUGAAAUAAAGUUGUUAGUCAGUAAGAGAUACAUUUUAACAAAAUAAAUAGAUAAUCCCAAAAGACAGCUUGGGAGACAGCUGAUUUCGUUUGUAUUAAAAGAUGAACUACUGUUAGUGUCUUGUAUAGACUACAGUGGGAUGUUUAUUUAAGGAAGAAAAGAGAGUGAGUACCUUGCCAGUUAAUGCCUCUCUAAACUCUUUGGUUUUAUAUAUUGCUGAUAAUCUAAAAUUUGUCUUUGUUGAAAAAAAAAUAGUAGCUAGAACGAUGGUCCCAUUUUGAAAAGGAUUCUGAAGUUGUAUCUCAACAUGACCUAGAGACUUGGUUAGCAGAAAAAUAACGUCUUUUAACACUGAACUGCAAGUAAAUCUGAAAGAAAAAGCUGUGUGAUCCUUUGUGAUUCGUCUGUCACAUUAAGCUGUAUUAAUAUUCAGGAAAAUAAUUCACAAAUUAAAGUACUUUUAUCUGUAUUCAGAAAAUUAAAAACUGGUAAGAAAGCUAAUUUAGCAUGUAUAGACUAAAUUUAAAAUUGUUCUUUUAGUUAUUUAGAAGGAA